AUGUCGUCGCCCGGCGACAACGAGGAGGUCGCGGACGACGGGUUCCGCACGGUGCACCUCGGGCCCGUGCGCCCGGUGUUCGGCCUUGACCGAGUGGGAAAGGCAGCGAGCCAUCGGUGGCAUCAGAAGUUCCACGCAGAGCACCCGAACGCGCUGUCGAAGGCCGCGAACAACAGCAUCAGCACCACGAAGUUCACGAUCUUCACCUUUCUGCCAAAAGGCCUCUACGAGCAAUUCCGGCGCCUCGCGAACCUCUACUUCCUCAUGGUCGCCAUCAUCUCGUGCACGCCCAUCUCCCCGCUCACGCCCGUCACCUUCGUCGUGCCCCUCGUCUUCGUCCUCGGCGUGUCGCUCAUCAAGGAGGGCGUCGAGGACCGCCAGCGCUACCGCAACGACUGCGAAGUCAACAACCGCCGCGUCGACGUCCUCCACGAGCACGGCUUCCGAAGGCUGGCCUGGAGCGACGUGCGCGUGGGCGACAUCGUGCACAUCGCGCCGAACGAGGCGCUCUGCGCGGACGUCGUGCUGCUCGCGAGCGGCGGCGAGGAGGGCGUCGCGUACGUCGAGACGUCCAACCUCGACGGCGAGACGAACCUGAAGCUGCGGCGGGCGCCCGACGAGACGGCGGCGCGGCAGGGCGAGGCGGCGCUGGCGGAGCUGGCGGAGCGCGGCGCGCGCGUGCAGUGCGACCACCCGAACAACCACCUGUACACGUUCAACGGCAACAUGGUCGUCGAGGGCCUCGGGAAGGACGUGCCGCUGGGCCCGCAGAACGUGCUGCUGCGGGGGUGCACGCUGCGGAACACCCCCGGGGCGUACGCCGUGGUGGUCUACACGGGGCACGAGAGCAAGAUCAUGCUCAACGCGUCGGCGGCGCCGUCGAAGCGCUCCCAGCUCGAAAAGCGGCUCGACUACCUGAUUUUGGUGUUGUUCAUCAUGCUCUUCGUCAUGUGCUUCGUGGGCGCCGUGGGCAACGGCGUGUGGGUGAAGACGCGCGGCGCGGAGCACUGGUACCUCGACCUCGCCUCGGACCAGCUCGACGCGAUCGACAAGGUCCUGUUCGACCCCGGCAACGCGGCGGCCGCGGGGCUGAUCAACUUCUUCACGCUGCUGGCGCUCUUCUCGACGCUGAUCCCGAUCUCGCUGUACGUGUCGAUCGAGGUGAUCAAGUACUGCCAGUCGAACUUCAUCAUCAACCAGGACCGCGCAAUGUACCACGCCGAGACGGACACGCCCGCGCAGUGCCGCACGUCCAACCUGAACGAGGAGCUCGGGCAGGUGGAGUACGUGUUCAGCGACAAGACGGGCACGCUGACGCAGAACGUGAUGGAGUUCUUCAAGUGCUCGGUCGACGGCGUCAACUACGGCUCCGGCAUCACGGAGGUGCAGCGCGCGAUGGAGGCGCGCAAGCGCCAGGAGGAGAAGAGCAGCACCGCGGACCGCGUGUGGACGGCGCUGCACGAGAAGCACGAGUCGCGCAUGCAGUCGCGCAUGCAGUCGCGGAUCAGCUCGCGCGGCGCGACGCCCAAGGCGGCCGCGGCCUCGGCGCACGCAGCCGGCGCCAGCAAGCAAUGGAAGGAGCCGCCGCCGCUGUACGAGGAGCGCGUGGCGGACGGGAAGGAGCCGCCGCGGGCGCUGAACGAGCGCGCGAGCCUGAACCCGCGGGGGAGCCUUGCGCGCCGGAUGGGUCCGCGGAUCGACACGUACACGACGGCCGCCGACAUCGCGUCGCAGGAGGCCUACUACGGCCCGCAGCCGCUGGACAGCCCGAUGCCGGAGAAGCCGGCCCCGGAGAAGGGGUACAACUUCACGGACGACCGCAUCACGGGCGGCGCGUGGCUGGACCUCCCGGCGGGCAACGCGGCGCGCGUGGAGGAGUUUUGGCGCGCGCUCGCGCUGUGCCACACCGUCGUGCCCGAGGGCGACGGCACCUUCAGCGGCACGACGUACCAGGCGGCGUCCCCGGACGACGUCGCCACGUGCCUCGGCGCCAAGCACAUGGGCUGGUUCUUCCACAAGCGCGCCACGACGUCGCUCUCGCUCCUGACCAAGCGGUCCGUGCUGAACCCGGGCGUGCAGCGCGACAGCAAGGACGUGCUCGAGGAGUACGAGCUCCUCGCGACCAUCGAGUUCAACAGCACGCGGAAGCGCAUGUCGGUCAUCGUGCGCGAGCCGUGGAGCGGACGCAUCCUCAUCUACACCAAGGGGGCUGACAACGUCAUCCUCGAGCGCCUCGGAUCCGACCCGAAGGACUCCGCGAUCAAGGACGCGACGAUCGAGCACCUGGACGAGUUCGCGCACGACGGCCUCCGCACGCUCUGCGUCGCCACGCGCGAGAUCCCCCCCGCGGAGUUCGAGGCCUGGUCCCAGAAGUGGGCGGACGCACGUGCCGCCAUCAAGGGCCGCGACGAGCUCAUGGACGCCGCGGCGGAGGACAUCGAGGUCGGGCUGCGGCUCCUCGGCGCGACGGCGAUCGAGGACAAGCUGCAGGUCGGCGUCUCGAUGGCCGUGGAGCGGCUGCGGGAGGCCGGGAUCAAGGUGUGGGUUCUGACGGGCGACAAGGUGGAGACCGCAAUCAACAUCGGGUACGCGUGCGCGCUGCUCACGGACGACCAGGAGCUGCACGUCGUGCAGUCGUCCUCGGCCGCGGUGCAGAUGGCCAUCGAGAAGGGCGAGGACCCGGACGACGCGCUCGAGAACGAGGUCCGCCGGCAGCUGCGCGACAUCCUCGACACAAUGGGCGGCGAGGCGGCCCGGUCAGACGGCGGGACACUCCCCCACGAGAUGCCCGUGCAGCCCGCGGCGCUGGUCAUCGACGGCAAGGGCCUCCGCGUGGCGCUGGGCGACACGCUCAAGGACCUCUUCCUCGAGGUGGGCAUGCGGUGCACGUCGGUCGUGUGCUGCCGCGUGUCCCCGCUCCAGAAGGCGCUGGUCACGCGGCUGGUGCGCACGCACGCGCACAAGGUGACGCUGGCCAUCGGGGACGGCGCGAACGACGUCUCGAUGAUCCAGGCCGCGCACAUCGGCGUGGGGAUCUCCGGGCAGGAGGGCAUGCAGGCCGUGAUGGCCUCGGACUUCGCCAUCGCGCAGUUCCGGUUCCUGGAGCAGCUGUUGCUGGUGCACGGGUCGCAGAUGUACGUGCGGAUGUCGCGCGUGGUGGGGUACUUCUUCUACAAGAACCUCGCGGUCACGGCCGCGCAGUUCUUCUUCCUGGUCCAGAGCGCGUUCUCCGGGCAGACGCUCUUUGACGACUGGCUGGUGUCGACGUACAACGUGGUGUUCACGUCGCUGCCGGUGUUCGCGGUGGGCAUCCUGGACCAGGACAUGGACAAGUACACGCUGCGCAACGUCCCGCAGCUGUACGGGUACGGCCGGCGCAACCGCAACUUCAACGUGCCGACGCUCGGCGGGUGGCUGUUCGACGGGAUCAUGCACGGGGUGAUCUGCUACUGGAUGUCCUGGGCCGCGUUCCCGUCCAAGGACCAGGCGCUGAACUCGGACGGCCGCUCCGUCGGCCUGUGGGCGGACGGCGUCCUGGUAUACACCAUCGUCGUGACCGUGGUCAACCUGCGGCUCAUGAUGUCGACCACGCACCACACCGCGCUGCACAUGAUCACGGCGUACGGCUCCAUCGGGCUGUGCUUCCUCUUCAUGCUGCUCUACUCGGGCGUCACGCCGGACAUGCUCUCCAUCCUCAACUCCUCCACGGCCGGCAUCUACAUGGUCUUCUACAACCUGCUCGAGGUGGGGCCGUUCUGGCUCACCUACAUGGUCGCCGCGGGCACCUGCAUCGGCACCGACUUCCUCUUCAAAGUCUGGCUGCGGCGCAUCCGUCCCGAGGACUACGAGAUCAUCCAGGAGCACCAGAAGUACGCCAGGAAGAAGUAUAAACGCGAGGUGACGAGCCGGCACGGGGAGUCGGCUGUCGGGGACCGCGUGCCCGCGGUGCAGCUCGCGGAGCUCGGGAGCGGCGCGCCGGCGCCGAGGGUGCCGACGGCGGGCGUGCAGGGGAAGCCGCACUCGGCGCACCGCACGGUGUACGGGACGGGGCGGCAGUCGGGGGCGUCGGGGAGUCCGGAGAGCGGGGCGGACAUCGGGCUGGCCGUGAGCCAGGUGGCGACGUAG